AUGUUUACGUCCCGCCGGGCGCGCCGCGUCGCCGCCUGAGGUUGUUCGGCCGGGGUCCGAGCUUCUCGCACCAUGGACACCAGCGACCUGUUCGCCAGCUGCAGGAAAGGGGACGUGGGCCGCGUGCGGUACCUGCUAGAGCAGCGAGACGUGGAGGUAAACGUUCGCGACAAGUGGGACAGCACCCCCUUAUACUAUGCCUGCCUCUGUGGGCAUGAAGAGUUGGUCCUCUACCUUCUGGCCAAUGGAGCCCGCUGCGAGGCCAAUACCUUUGAUGGCGAGCGCUGCCUCUAUGGGGCACUGAGCGACCCCAUCCGCCGGGCUCUGCGGGAUUACAAGCAGGUCACGGCCUCCUGCAGGCGCCGGGAUUACUAUGAUGACUUCUUGCAGAGGCUCCUGGAGCAGGGCAUCCACAGUGACGUGGUCUUCGUGAUUCACGGAAAGUCCUUCCGCGCGCAUCGCUGCGUCCUGGGGGCGCGCAGUGCCUACUUCGCCAACAUGCUGGACACCAAGUGGAAGGGCCGGAGCGUCGUGGCGCUGCGGCAUCCACUGAUCAACCCGGUGGCGUUCGGAGCCCUGCUGCAGUACCUGUACACAGGCCGCUUGGACAUCGGAGUGGAGCACGUCAGCGACUGCGAGCGCCUGGCCAAGCAGUGCCAGCUGUGGGACCUGCUGGGCGACCUGGAGGCCAAGUGCGAGAAGGUGUCGGAAUUCGUGGCCUCCAAGCCCGGCACGUGCGUCAAGGUGUUGACCAUCGAGCCCCCGCCCGCCGACCCCCGGCUCCGGGAGGACCUGGCGCUGCUGGCCGACUGCGCGCUGCCCCCCGAGCUACGGGGCGACCUCGGGGAGCUGCCCUUCCCCUGCCCCGACGGCUUCAACAGCUGCCCAGAUGUCUGCUUCCGCGUGGCCGGCUGCAGCUUCCUGUGCCACAAGGCCUUCUUCUGCGGCCGCAGUGACUACUUCCGGGCCCUGCUCGAGGACCACUUCCGAGAGAACGAGGAGCCUGCGGCCUCUGGGGACCCCCCGGUUGUCACCCUGCAAGGCAUCUCCCCCGAGGUCUUCACGCACGUGCUCUACUACGUGUACAGCGACCGCACCGAGCUGCCCCCCGAGGCGGCCUAUGACGUGCUGAGUGUGGCGGACAUGUACCUGCUGCCGGGCCUCAAGAGGCUGUGUGGCCGCAGCCUGGCCCAGCUGCUGGACGAGGACAGCGUGGUGGGCGUGUGGCGCGUGGCCAAGCUGUUCCGCCUGGCGCGGCUGGAGGACCAGUGCACGGAGUUCAUGGCCAAGGUCAUCGAGAAGCUUGUGGAGCGGGAGGACUUCGUGGAGGCCGUGAGGGAGGAGGCCGCGGCCGUGGCCUCCCGGCAGGAGACGGACUCCAUCCCCCUGGUGGACGACAUCCGCUUCCACGUGGCCAGCACCGUGCAGACCUACAGCGCCAUCGAGGAGGCCCAGCAGCGGCUGCGGGCCCUGGAGGACCUGCUGGUGUCUAUUGGCUUGGACUGUUGAGGCCAGGCCUGUGACCGGGCAGGCCUCCAGAUUGGGCCUCCCUCGGGCACGGGCGUGCGUGUGCGUCUGCGCGUGGAGUCUUCUUGCUCCUUGCGCACUGAGAGCAUCAGGGUGGGCGGAGGGGGCUCGCUGGCCCACCCAGGACCUGGGGAACCCUGGGGGGAGGGUCUCCAUGGCCACAGCCACCUCCUCCCCAAUGCACAAACCAGCUUCCAGGACCCCGGGCUGGGCACCACUCAGGAAAAGCCGGGGCAGGGGACUCUGGCCUCUCGGGGCCUCCCUCCCCGGGCAUCCGGCCCUGGCCCAGCCCGGUCCUGGCUUGCUUUGACCCUUCCCGCGUGUGGGGCCGGGCGGGAGGGCGGGGCAGCCUGUGUGGUAAUAAAGAGUGGCUUCGCGGCA